AUGCAAUAUUUACGAGCAGGGGGGACAUGCUAUCAACCUGUUGCGUGAGACACCAUAUCCUCCGGGAAAACAACUGUUGGUCGCCAUCCUUGUGAAGAACCAGUGCCUGUAUCAAAACUCGACCUGCCAGACCCGGCAGCUAAAUACCGGAUAUCAUUCCCCAAUGCAGGGUGGCCUUCGAUGAGAUAUGGGAGGAGGAACAAGGCAUUUGUCGACCCAGAACGGACCACCAUGGCAAGACCAUAGAGGUCCUACAACGGACGAUCAGACACCGAAAGCGUACUUGAUGUAAAAUGGCACGAUUCCAUGAAUGUGCCUUCAUAUUUGGCCAUGGCUCCCAUUUAUUGCACAAUGCCCUGCAAGCUGCACUAGAGCAAAGACGCAGUGGAACAGGUAAUUGUUUGUCCUAUUCGUUGAACUACCCCGGUCCUUCAGAGAAUACACCGCCGAAUGCGGCUGUUUCUUCCUACAUUCCAGCGUCUCGACAAGACAUUCCACAGUGUCCUCGGUUCAUCAUGAACCAGCCUAGGCAACGCAAGCAAUAUCAGCGCGCAACACGGCAACGGAUGCAGAUAAGACGCACAUGCAGGAUUUCUGAAAACGACGGAGCGACUGCUGCCUUCGAGAUUAUACUUGCCCUUCGAAAGACGCUACAGCCGUGUCCGUGUCCCCUACCAAAUUCAUCCCGAUAUCUGGAAGGCCAGCGUGCAACAGCGAGAAUAGUUUGCGUUCCCAACACAGACGUAAUCAGUGCAAGAGAGACGGGCCAAAUAUUUCCCACGCUAUUUUGCUUUCAACCACCAUUAUCUCUGCAGCUCUCUAGGCUCGGAUUUUCUUCUACCUCGACGCUUGACGCGACUUUGAGUCACGAACAAAGACGGCUACGACUGCAGAUCAUCUAUAUGCUAUAACGGUAACGGCAGUGUCAUCGUUCUAUGCGAUGGCCACGUUACAAAAUGACGGGAAAUCCACAAAGCGCUAUGCGAAGGUCUAGUACAAAGAUUCUAGCUGCAAAGGUC